GCAAAUACCAUACCUUACUUUGGGCAUACGUAUUUUUUCACAGAAAAUUACCAUGGAUUUACUUUGCUUAGUUGUUGAAUUCCCCCCCAUCGUUCCUCAAGACCAGAUCAGACUGAACGUUCACUGUCAUGAUGAUGGACCUCCGUCGCCCUCCUAAGAAUCCUACAUUUUCCCCUCGUCAUUUGGCACUUCGCCAUGCGAAAAAGCGUCUUCGUGCUUUGGAUCCCACAAUUCAAAAUGAGCCCGAUGCUAUUCAACCCGGAUAUGAGCAGCUUUAUUCCUACUAUGUUCCCGGUCUUCAGGCAGGACCCCAUACAAUCAAUGUAGAUCAAUAUAUUGAAACGAAGGAUAAGCAAGACCACCUUCAUCCUACCAAAUCUCAUGGAUUCAAUGUUAUCGGCCCUCGAUUCUCUUUGCCAGAUGGCGCGCUUUCUUCAUUCUAUCCUCCUCAAGGACAUGAAGACCGAGCAGAGGUCCUCCCCAAUGUUGUCUUCAACGAUCCAACUCUGCCGUGGGAGAGAGUGGGAAGUUGGAAUCAGCCAAAGCCACCAGGUGGAGAUUAUGAUCGAAACCGAGUGCCAUGGCUUGCUGUUUUCGUUUUCACUCAGGAGGAACUUCGUUUGAAUGCAUCGGAUCUGGACAAUGUCUUCCAAGAUAAGGAUGUCAAAGACUUCAAAAAACAAAGCACCACACUCAGCACAAUCAUGUUUGCAAAGAAUGUUAAUAAACUAAGUGGCACCAACACCUCCCCUGUCCUGUAUGAUGCAUCUGAUGGGGAUGAGAAAACUGAAGUCAUCUUCCUCGGACAAGAACUGUUCAAGUCGCUAUUCUCUAAGUAUGAUGACAAGGGAAAGAUAGUCGAGAGUGAAACUGGCUAUGUCCAACAUCAUCGUUUCUUGGCUCACCUGCGUCAUAUCAAUCUCGACAACACUCCGUCAGCGGCCAAAACAGAAAGCGAUGAUCACGCAUAUUCCAUCAUUGUCAGCCACCGUAUAGGAACCCUGUCGAUUACCAAGCCAACUCCAGUGGUGGCUCACUUAGUCAACAUAGAAGGCGUAGAACGUACGAAAUUCUCACCAGACAAGAAAUUCGUGGCCAUGUCUUCCUUGCAUUCUUGGGAGUAUACCUGUCUUCCCCCAAAAUCGCUUAAUAUUGAGGAUGCAUUUGAGCAUUUAGGAAAUUCUCUGAAUGUCCUGAAGCCCAUCCUGACUGCAAAAGAUGGACAAAUUCUUGACACGUCUCAGGAAAAGGAUCAAAAUCUCAAAAAGACAAAAGAGCGAUUGAGUGAGAGGAUUGACGACGGCUUUUCUCUGAUUCGAUAUCGUGUCCAAACUGGAGAUAUCACUGCUGCCUUUACCAAAAGUCCGUUUGCUCCUUCAGCUGUACCAUUUCCAGAAGGAACUCAGUGGCCUGCAAGCUCAACAACUGGAUCCAAACUACAGAUUCUGGACCCCAAUCUCAAUAUUAUGGACCUUACGUAUUCCGCAGCUUGGAAUUUGGGCAAGGCAUUAGGGCUGGCUCACCCUGAGUUUGCUACAGCUUUGGCAAGGUUGCGCAAGCAAAUCUACGACAGUGGGAUGGAUGAGGCGCAAAGACAAGUCAUCAAUCGCCGUAGUAAAGAACUUGGUAUCCCAACAGUAUACAAAACCAAAGAAGAAGUUCUAUCCACCUUGUCAGAAACUCUCAGGAGUUUGGGAGCUCUAUCCAUUGACAAUAGCCAUCAAAAGCUAUCUGAUGGUAUGAUUCGUCGAUGGCGUCGUCCAGAACUCCCGCCUCUAGAUCUGUCCUAUAAAAGCCCAGAGAUCAAUAGCAUCAUUGAUAAGUGCUUUCAAAAUGUUGCCAAGAUGAUUGCCGGCAGUGAAGAGAGCGACGACAUUCCAUACAAUGAAUUAAACGUUCCCAAGUCUACGGAUUGGGCGAUCGUCCUCCGUUGGGUGCUGGAUCGAUACUAUCUUGUCGAUGUGCCCCCACACUACCUCAUCACCGAUCCUAGUCAUCUUCCCAUGGAGACAGUGCGUGUAUUUGCAAUCGACCAUGCCUGGGUGUGUGCGAUGAUUGACGGUGGCCUUAGCCUGGCAAAUCAUCUGGAUCAAGAUGAUGAUAAACUACGUAAUGCGAUUAAAGGGGCCAUCAAUGAGCACCUUAACACCAAAAUGCCUGAUUUGUAUCACCCCCAAACCCCUCGGUAUGGUUUCUAUGUGCGCUCGGCUCUUGUGGCUAAAUUCCCCGAUCUUAUAAUUGAUAUCGAGGAUCAACAGGGGUCGCCUCCCGACCCAAGAGAUCCGCCCAUCAUUCUUCGACACGAGGUUGUUGAAAGAAACACCAUGAUUUGUCUGAUGCGAGAGCCUCCCAAGGGUAGUUCCAUGUUUUUGUGUUUGAGAGAACCGCCUCAUCAGCAAUUCUUCACAGCAGCAGCAGAGGUAACCACCGAGGAUAUCAGGAUGGAAUAUAAACGGGUGUAUACUGUCACCCCAAUCCCAGAUAACCACCAUAACGACCCAAUCCCAUAUGCUUAUUCACACAAAGAGCCGGGAGCGGGGCCAGCCAUCUUUAUCUGGGGACCAGAAAACAGCAUUCGUUGUCUCAACGUCGAAAUCCUUGCCCGACAUCACUUUGAUACCAUCAAGUCUACGUUCAAAGACCACAAGAAUUGGUUUGAGGAAGAAAAGCCCACCGCUGCAUUGAUGGGAAUUCAACUGAAUGAGCCUCAAUGGGAAAUUAAAAUCAACUUUCCGACGGCUGAUGCCGGCAGCUUCAAAGAUUUGUAUAGUGAUUAUCCUAGGCUUCUCCCCAUCCCUUCCCCUCCUACACCCCAACCUGUAUUGCCGUAUCCCAAAGUCUUGAGCAGCAUUGCCUGCGAUCCCUACCCCCAUUUUGGAAAGCGACAGAGACAUGAACCCAUCAGUCUCACUUAUCAUCCCCCACAUUUCCGCCUACCCAAAGUUGUCUCUGUUUCUGGAAACAAUCUUGAUGCUCUGGAUGAUUCUGCAGGGCCCCACUUCAGCUAUGGACUGUAUGCCGUUGGCCACAGCCACAGCAAUAAUAUUCCAAUGCUCAAGCCCACGAAAAACGAUCGCCCUGCUCCUCAGCAGGAUCUAAUUUUCUCUGUCGUUUACAAAGACAGCGCCUUUGACUACGAAAUGGAGUACCUAGAAAUUCACGUUCAACUAGGUACUCAAGGUCAGCUUAUGAAAGCAUAUACUGGUACGGGACCGAGCAUGCUGUCUAAUCUCCGAUUCAACGUGCUUCCCAAGAUUGAGAAGGAUGAACAGCUCAACAACUGGCUUGUACUGACCUUGAGACCGAGGAGCCGAAAAAAUAAAGUUCGAGUCGACACUAUUGACGAAAUGAGCUUCAUGCUUAGUGGAAUCAUUGUGAAUCAAUAUGAUGCAGAUGUUGAUGUUGAUGUUUUCGCCAUUGAGAAAUAUGUGGGUGAAUCUGGAUGGAAGAAAAACUUCCAGGCGCAUUUGACGAAAGUAUGAGGCAGACACCUCAAGUGCUG